AAAGGGCUAAAGAGCGGAAAAGGCAACAGAAGCAGGUGGAGGCUGAGGGAAGUUCAUCUUGCAGACCACGCCAACCUACCAAAAGGAACAUGGUAUGGGUGAGAAAAGAGAAAAUGAGACUGUAACCUAGUCUUUAAUGGAGAGGGAUGACCAAUCUCCAGUUUCUCCAAAGGUAGCAUCUGUCAUUGUGAGUCCAGACGGAGUUCUGAAAGCAACUUUUGAAGCACAAGAACAAUCUGAAAAUCUUGGAGGAGGAGGAACCAAUGUCUAUGAGUUCCAAAAACAGACAGAAGAAGAGGCAAUCAUUGUUCCAACCCAAGAUGAUGAAGAGGAGGACAUGGCUGACAAAAUAGUGUUUGAAAAACCAGAAGAAAAGAUGGCCAAACACAUUAGGCCACUUUAUAUCAAUGUUCAAAUGGAUGAGACUCCAAUCAAUCAAGUCUUGGUGGAUAAUGGAGCUGCAGUCAAUGUCCUUCCAACUUGCAUACUCUACAAAAUAGGCAAGUCUCUUGGUGAUUUAGUGCAUAUUGAGAUUCAUUCAAGUUGGUGUGUCCCUUCUACACUUCACCAGAAGCUGAUUUUCUGGAAUGGUGGCAAAGUUGAGGUGGUGUCUGCAAAUGAUAAGCCUUUUUCAGCCAAUACCCACCUAGUAGAGGCUAGAUAUUAUGAAGAAGACAUUGGUACCAUUCGGUUUUUUGGGAUGAAUAGCCAUGGGAAACCGAUUGGGAUAACAGCAUGCAAUAGACUGUCAUUGUCUAAGCGUGUCGUAGAGGAAGGUGAUGAAAUAACUUUGGAGGAGCUGGAUCUUGCCCCAGCCAAGUUGGAUGAUUUAAAAGCUGAAGUUCAAGACCCACUGGAGGAGAUCAAUCUAAGGUAUGCAAAAUGGUUGUCAAAUGUAGUGCCUGUGCUGAAAAAGAAUGGAAAAUUAAUAGUCUAUUUUGAUUUUCGAAACUUGAACUUAGCUACACCAAAGGAUGAGUAUCCCAUGCCAAUUGCAAACUUGCUGGUUGAUGGAAUAGCCAGUCACAAAAUUUUAUCUUUCAUGGAUGGCCAUAGUGGGUACAACCAAAUUUUUAUUGCAGACACAAACAUUCCAAAGACAGCCUCUCGAUGCCCAGGUGCUGCUGGAACUUUUGAGUGGGUUGUGAUGCCAUUUGGUAUGAAGAAUAUUGGAGCUACCUAUCAAAGAGCCAUGAAUGCAAUUUUUCAUGAUAUGAUUGGUAAGUUCAUGGAAAUUUACAUUGAUAAUGUUGUGGUGAAAUCACACGGGGAAGAAGACCACUUGGUCCAUUUGAGGAAGGCUUUUGAGCAGAUGAGGCAACAUGGCUUGAAAAUGAACCCACUAAAGUGUGCCUUUGGAGUGUCUGCAGGUAACUUCCUUGGGUACUUGGUGCAUGAGCGUGGUCUGGAGGUUGACAAGAACAAAGCCAAGGCUGUGAUUGAGGCAAAAUCGCCACAGAACCAAAAGGAGUUACGGAGAUUUCUUGACCAAAAGGUUGUCAAGGGACAGGCACUGGCAAACUUUCUUGCAGAUCACCCAUGUUUGGAAGUGGAAGCAGAUGAAGAAAAAGGGAUAAACUUGUUUUCAAUAAGUUUAGUUUCUUGGAAACUUGUUUUUGAUGAAUCUAGUACAGAAACCAUAUCUAGAGCUGGGGUCAUGGUAAUCUCCCCGUUUGGGCUAAAAACACAAAUGUCUUUCCAACUGGAAUUCGAUUGCACAAAUAAUCAAGUAGAAUAUGAAGCUUUGAUUAUUGGUCUUGAGAUGUUGGUGAAGCUUAAAGUAUCCAUGGUUAAGGUUAUAGGGGACUCACAGCUAGUCUUGAAGCAAUUUAUCUGCAUUGAUGUCACCCAGAUAGACUGGCGCUUUUCAAUUAUUCAGUACCUUAAGGAUCAAAGCACUAAGAUUUGGUCUGCUAGAAACAAUUACAACAAACCAAGGCACAGUUUUGUCAGCCAUCAAGUGGAGGCAUUUGCAAAGGAAAUGGGUUUUCAUCUGUUAAAUUCCACUCCACAUUAUGCACAAGCUAAUGGGCAAGAUGAGGCUUCUAACAAGGUGGUGAUUAAUUUGCUUGAAAAAAUGGUGGAUGACAACCCUAGACGCUGGCAUGAACUGUUGUCUAAAACAUUGUGGGCUUAUAGAACUUCACAAAGGAGUUCAACUAAAAUGACACCUUUUAUCUUGACAUAUGGCCACGAUGUAAUCUUGCCAAUGGAGUUAACAGCCAGGUCUUUGAGAAUAGCAAUUCAGCAUAACCUCCAGUUUGGGGAAUACGAUGAGGCCAUGAUGCUUGAGCUUGAGGACCUUGAAGACACACGCUUGAUAGUUUUGGAUAGGUUGCAAGCUCAAAAGCUCAAAAUUGUAAAGUCUUACAACAAAAGAGUGAAAGGUAAAAUCUGGCAGUUGGUGACUUAGUCUGGAAAGCAAUUUUACCUCUUCGUAAGAAAGAUCACAGAUUUGGAAAGUGGUCCCCAAAUUGGGAAAGACCAUUCCGAAUUCAUGAAGUGUUGAAAGAGGGUGCUUAUUGGUUAGAGUCACUCAAUGGAGAGCUUCAUCCCAAAAAAAUCAAUGGAAUUUAUCUCA